ACAUUCCACACGUGUUUUCUUUUUAUAUUAUUUUUUUUGCUUUGGAAGUUGCUGUGAUGGGCAAACGACGGAGAAAAAGCCCUGUUAGUAGAAUAGACGUGAAAAGGAGAAGAUUGUUACGGAAAUUGGAUAAAUUAGAUCGCGCUUCGGGUUUACACAAAGAGAGCAGUUGCAGCAGCGAUACAGCUGACACGAGAUCCGAACGCGGAAGUACACCAAUGGAGUCUAAUAGCGAUUAUGGACACUUCGAGGACCUUAUUCACGAGGAUUCUAUUGCUUUUUCUGAACAAGGUACAGUCGCUGUAAGCUGUAUUGGCGAAGUGGAUGGAUGGCUAUUUGGCGUUAAUUUAGAUGAGAGAGUAAAGGCUUCAAAAAAUCUGGAGAGAGUUAGUCGUGACGUGACCUUAGACAGAUUAAAGCUAAAGCACCAGUUACCAACAAGGAGACAAAAAACUUCACAAGUCGGUCUCAUUCUCAUUACCAUCGAGUUCGGUGGGACCGCCAACAUUUAAAUCAACGGACUCAACCCUUUCCAAGAUCCCAGAGUCAAUAUCAAGAAGGAAGAUUUCAACGGAGUCAACACACGUCUCAGAGAAGACCUCCCAUGAAACGACCCUUCAAACACAAUUGAACAUUGUAAGUGGAUCAGCUGGCAGGUUGGCUAAUUUUUAUAAUAUUUGGAGUAUAGUUACAAAUAACAAGAUGGUAUUGUCUUGGAUUAAGGGAAUAUAUAUUCCUUUUACUCGUACUCCAUCCCAAUCUUUUGUAAAGAAAGAACCGAACUGGUCCCAGUCAGAAUUUUUAAACAUAAAAGAUUCAAUAGCCAAUCUUUUAAAUAUGAGAGCUAUUAGUCAGGUAGCUGACUGUCCUGGUCAGUUUGUUUCAAAUAUUUUUUUAGUACCAAAACCUGAUGGUAGUUUUCGUUUAAUAUUAAAUUUGAAAGAGCUUAAUAAAUUUGUUGCUUACCAUCAUUUUAAAUUGGAAGAUGUUAAAACCGCUAAGACUCUUAUUGCUAAGAAUUGUUAUCUAGCAAAAUUAGAUUUGAAAGAUGCAUAUUUUCUUUUGUCUAUCGACAGGAGACACCGAAAAUUUUUAAGAUUUUUGUUUAAUGGGAACUUAUAUGAGUUCAAUUGUUUACCGUUUGGGUUAAGUUGUGCCCCAUUUAUUUUUACGAAGAUUAUGAAGCCGGUCAUUUCUUUGCUUAGAAGAAGGGGUUUGUUUUCCAUAGUUUAUUUAGAUGAUUUCCUUUUAUUAGGACAAUCUUAUAAUGAUUGUUUGUACAACAUAACCCAGACGAUUAUUCUCUUGGAAUCCUUAGGUUUUAUUAUAAACAGG